CAUUGCAUUCUAAUCAUGCAUGUCUUUUGGCAAAGCUUUCUUUUAUUAAUUUAUAUUUCCUUUCUUGCUGCAGUUUUUUCUCCUUAUUUUUCUAUUGUAGGAUCUGGAAUUUCACCCCUUGAAGAUGACGAAGAUGCAUAUGCACGCAGUAGAUAUAAAGAAACACCAUGGUGCUCUCCCAUUAAGGUGAAACAUGGUUAUGCAAACUGCAGGACACCUCAAGGGGAAUAUUACAAGAAUGUCCUGGGGACAAGAUGUGAGAUUCGUUGUCAGAAAGGCUAUGAACUGCAUGGCCCUCAGCAGCUCAUCUGUCAGUCAAGCAAACGCUGGUCUGGGAAAGUGCUGUGCAAACAGAAGCGCUGCCCCACGCUUUCCAUGCCAACCAAUGGGGGCUUCAAGUGCUUGGAUGGUGCCUACUUCGGCUCCAGGUGUGAGUACUACUGCUCACCAGGGUACCAGCUGAAAGGCGACCGCAUAGUGACAUGCAUGGACAACAAAGCUUGGAGCGGCCGGCCAGCUUCAUGUGUGGAUACAGAACCUCCCAGAAUCCAGUGCCCAAGUGUGAAGGAGAAAACUGCGGAGCCCAACAAGUUGACAGCCAGAGUAUUCUGGGAUACCCCGGAGGGAAGGGACACCGCUGAUGGCAUUUUGACAGAUGUUAUUUUGAAAGGCCUGCCACCAGGGUCACAUUUUCCAGAAGGCGACCACAAAAUCCAGUAUACUGUGUAUGACAGAGCUGAAAAUAAGGGCACUUGCAAAUUCCUUGUUAAAGUCAGAGUCAGGCGCUGUGUGAAGUUAAAUGCUCCAGAUAAUGGCUACAUCAAGUGUUCAGGUGAUGGAAAUAACUAUGGUGCUAUGUGUGAAUUUUCCUGCAUUGGAGGCUAUGAGCUACAAGGCAGCCCAGCUAGAGUGUGCCAGUACAAUUUAGGGUGGUCAGGAGUGGAGCCAACCUGUGCACCCAUGAAUAUUAAUGUGAAUGUGAGGACUGCAGCUGCACUUCUGGAUCAAUUUUAUGAGAAGCGGAGACUGCUAAUUAUUUCAACUCCUACUGCAGCCAACUUCUUCUACAGGAUGCAGUUGGGAAUGCUGCAGCCAGCACAGUGUGGCUUAGACCUCCGACAUGUUACUGUGGUUGAGUUGGUUGGUAUCUUCCCAGCACAAAUAGGAAGAAUAGGUGUAAAGCUGCUGCCCCCUUCACUUGCACUGCAACUCAGGCUGUUGCUGAGGAUUCCCCAUUAUAAUUUCAACAUUGUGGUGAUGGACAAGCAUGGAAUGGACAAGGAACGCUACCCAUUCCCGGCAACACCAGCUGAGCUCUUUGCACUUAUUGACAAUUUUCCCUUGAGAAAAGAAGAGAUGAAACUGCAAGCAGAAAUCGGCCAGUCAUGUCCUUAAUUCAGAAUUACAGGGCCAGCAUUUUGCCAGUGAAUUUUUUAUUUUCUACCCAGAUAAUUCUUCCCUCGGUGCUACAGAAAGCAUGGCUUUUUAAUCACUGAUGUACAGAGUUGUUGUGUGUAUCAUUAUGUCUGUGUAGCUGCUCUGCAUGGGCGUAUGCAUGAUGCUUUUUUGUACUUUCAAAGAGUAUCUUUAGAGAAAUGUGUACGUAGGAUUACUACCCAAUAGAACUUCUUGUACAGACAUCAAAGAAUUGAGGUACGUCUCCUGGGGUUUAUUUUGGAUUUUUCAUUCAGUGUAAAAUUCUUUCUUCCGUUUUAUAAGUCUUUUAUUAAUAAAAUAUUGUUUUGCAAAGAAAUAGUGCUCUAAAA